AAAUCCAUUUAAAGAUGGCUGCUAUUGAAGGAAGGUGCUGCCGUGUGAUGUCACUUUCGGGCAACGUUGUAGCUGAGAAAAAUUGUUAAAAUCCGUUGGCCAACGAUUGAACAACCAACGCCUACAGUCGGAAAAUUAUCUCGAUAAAGAAUGAUCUAAUACCCGGUGGAGACAAUGAAUUGUCAUCAAAUAUUAAGUGGAGCUUGCAACGCAGGUGAUCGCUGCUACGCUGUAGGCUCCGUCGAAGGGAUCUCGUUUACCGCAUAUGCAGCAGGUUGUAAUAUAGUAAUUCUAGCUAAUAACUUUGAAAGAGUCCAAAUAAUUCCUGGAGCUGUACAUAACUAUAUAAGAAUCAGUUGCCUGGACUGCAGCACUGAUACUGGUAAAAUAGCUGCUGCUUAUGAAAACCAAGUCUGCAUAUUUGAGCCUACGCCACUUAUUCAUAGCACAUGUUCUCAUCAACUGGAGUAUCGAUGGGUUCAAACUGGUAGUCUGACGACUGAGUCGAAUAUCAGUGCUCUGUCAUGGAAUUUGGAAGGAACGAGAUUAUUAACCGGAGGAGAACUUUUACAAUUAUGGCACCAAAAUAUAACACCGUUUCAGGAAGAACACCUGAUGAAGAAUGUAUUACGAACUCAGGAAGGUAUUGUAACUGGGCGCGAAGAAAAUACUUCAAAUGUUCCUCCGGACUCUGCUACAGUCACAUUUUCCAUCGGCGGAGACGCCGAGAGUCCAGCGCCUGCAGAUUCAAAUAGCGGGAACGAGCCAGGAGCGUGGAAUUGCGUUUGGAAGUGCCGCACGGCCACACCGGUGCAUCUGAUGAGCUUCAGCCCGGACGGUACAUUGUUCGCUACGACGGGAUACAACGAUAGAUUAGUCAAGAUAUGGUUUGAGAAUAAACAACUGUUUUCAUCGAGAAAUAUGGAUCACUCGAACGUGACAGAAUGUCUCGGUAGCGACAGUUAUAGUUUUGUAUACGUUGCCCAUCCUCGAGCAGUGACACAUUUAUCUUGGCGAAAGACUAGCAAAUAUAUGCCGAAGCGAUCGGGGUCCAACAUGCUGGUCACAUCUUGUAGGGACAACAUUUGUCGAGUAUGGGCAGAGACGAUACCGCCGGAGGUCGAAGGUCUGGCUAACAUGAGCCAGUUUGAGGGCUCCGACAAGCACGACCACCAUGGCAAGCAUCGGCAUCACAAUAUGCACAAACAUCGUUUCAUGCAACGUCUCAAGCACAUGAAGAUAUACGUCUUUUGCAGAACCUGUUUUCAUAUUCGCCGACACGCGAAGCAGCAGCACCAAGCUGGCCACACCACGGCGACCACUUUACCGACUUUACCUUCGACGUAUUCCGUUCACGAUUUUCAUAAUAGUUAUCAAGGGACGGGGCACUAUCCAGGAAUGCAUUUUCACUUGGCAGCCAGUAUCAAUGCAGAAACUGAUAUACCGCUGGUACCGAGUUUAAUCACCGGAGAUCCUGAAAGAGAGCCGAACUUCAUCCUCCAUUGGUUGAAUAAUAAGGAAAUGCAUUUUACCAUGCAAGCUGAAAGUAUUUUACAAGAACUGACUCGUAAAGUAGUAGAGAAGGAAGAAGGAUUGCAUCAGCAAGACGUAGAACAUGCCGAGCAUGAUUCCGAAGAAGAAGGUUUAUCGAAAAAAGGGGUAAGAUCACAAGCCGUACAAAAAACAGGAGGCACUAUUCGAUCCAUGAGCCAAGAAGAACACAGUAGCGACGAACAUCAUACAGCUCACACAGUUUCAUCGCAUCAUAGUUUACCACAUAGCGCACAUUCCCAUCAAAGUCUUAGUAAUACUACAUCAAUUAAUUCUAUCGCGACCGACGUUACGCCUUCGAUGAACCACGUCCCGGAUUCCCUGGAUACAAAAAUAGAGACGUUGUUGCGCGAUUGGCAUCAUAAUCCGGAUCUACUAUUUUCGAUUCAUCCGAUAGAUGGGAGCUUUUUGAUUUGGCAUAUUGAAUGGCUGGACGAGUAUCAUCCAGGCUCGUUUCGGCAAGCACAAAUAUCGUUUUCUACUAGAAUUCCGAAUGCAUUCCCUCUCGGCGACGCCUCCACGAUGAGCCACAACGUGUCGAUGUAUUCCCAUAAUACUGGCGGCCCUUUGUUAAACAUACGAGAAGUGGCAAAAUCCUCUACGAAAGUUUCAAACGAUGAUCAAAUUCAAAUUGUUACAGCUACUGAUGUUGCUACACCAUUACCAAGCUUGAUAGAGCAAGAUGAAGAACAGUCGACGUUGACGUCGCGGACCGGCCAGGAACUGUUAAAAAAUAUAGAAAAUUCUUCGGAUCCGAAUCAGAAUGCUGCUAAAGACAGGGAUGGUCAUUUGGAUACUGGGAAAACUAAUCAAGAAGCUGUGAACGACAUGUUGACCCAUCCGAGUCCGAUCGUCUCUAUGGUGUCGAAACAUUCGAAUGGAACUUUAAAUUUAUGGCAAUUAACAUUUGCCGAUAGAACGAAAUUUACACAAGUAUUAAGUAUUGGACAUGCGUCGAGAGCCUCGGGGCAUCGUUUCCGAGUGAACGAUAUUACUUGUCAUCCGGUGUUACCCUUACUGGUGACAACGUCGCAUCAUAAUCUACCUGAAUCCGGGUCUCAAUGUCAGAAUAGCGAUUCAACUGAGAAUCUAGAUAAUAAAUUGGACUGUAAUAAAACUACCCGGAAAGAUAUCUCGCCUACUGGAUUCUGUAGCGAAUUAAUACUCUGGCGUGUAGACACGGUCGGGCCUCUGUCAAAAAGCGGUGGGGUUUCCGAAUUGGCUCGUAUCAAUUCACCCGAGAUCUCAGCAUUUUGUAACGUCGCCUGGAUUCCGACAUUAUUACCGAGUACUACUUUAGGAAAUUUAUCAAAUUCUCCAAGCGCUUGUUUCGUUGCCAGCGACGGCGAAUGUUUAAGGGUAUAUCAAGCUGUCAUCGACGCUAGAACAUUGCUAGCCGAGGUAUCGAUUAGUGAACGAAGGAGCAGAAUGAUGGAUAAUUACUCCAUGGCAAGUAUUUCGACAGAUGUGUCGUCGGACGACGGCGUUCGGCACUCGAUACACGAUAGGAUAAAGAUAGUAUCUCAACAGUCUACAGCUAGGCCAGGAUGCGUUAUACAGUUGGAUGCUAUUGCCGAUGCUACGCACGAUUGGCAAAAUACGCAGUUCUUACAUGUAUUCCAAGAACAAUUGAUUACCGGAGAUAGAAACGAUGAGAAACAAUCCGGUGUAGACACCUCGGUAAAUGACUUAGGUUUAAUGGAGUCUACCUUAGAUGCCAUGGUAGAUCUGCAACAAUCAACGAUUUUCGAAGAACCGUUCUAUAUAGUUGUUUUAGAAAGGACGCAGCAAGGUACAGCUGUACACAUGUGGCGUUUGGUGAUCGCAUCUCAGCCUGAGACUACCGGAUUGUCGGAGUCGAUGAUGUACGUUCCGGAUUCUCAUUUGGUGCAAGACGAAGAGGAGGAGGGAACUCCGGGGCGCUACGGUCACGCAGACGGCAGAAGAUCUCGUCGAGCUAGUCAGAGCCAUCGCGAGAGUCAAGGCGAGACGGAUGUGUUCUUUCAAAGGCGACCUCAGAACAGUCACGUACUUAUCACAACUACGAAAGUAUGCACUCAGGAAUUGCCGUUACCAGACGGAGUCGAGGUGAUACACGCGGCACCGGCUGCUGGACACUUGAGCAGCUCUUCUAUAUAUCCUGCUUGCUUCGCACCGUAUAUCGUAGUUACUGCUUGCAGCGAUAGUACAAUACGUUUCUGGAAAUGCAAAGUGACGAAGGAACAACCAGAGGACAAACUGCACUAUGAAUGGUGCGAAUGGGAAAUGAUACGAAAAGAUCAAGAAUCGACGAUUGACAUUACAGGACAACCAUUGAACAUUAGCGCUGCGUACAGCGGGCGCAUCGCGUGCGCUUACAAGUAUGGAAAAUCAUUUACCCGUCCUACGAAAAGCGAUCCUGAUUCUCGAUACGUGAACCUGUGCGUCGCUAUAUUCGAAUGCGAGAGCACUGGCGGAAGCGAAUGGAUUUUAGAAGAUACUAUACACCUGAAAAAUAUCCAUUUACCAAGAAUUCAGGUGGAUCAACAUUUAGACCUGAGUUAUCUUUAUGAUAGCAAAUUCCUGCAGAAGAAACAAAGACUUACUCAGGUCUUGCAAACGCUUAGUCACGAAGAUGUGCGACUGCCGAGGAACGGAGAGAACGGGGAGAGCACUAAAUCAAAUGCAGGCUUGCUAGCUGUUCCAUCGUUCAGCACUCUACAGUCAUUACGAAAAUCGAUCAUAGAAAACGGCAACACUUGUCCCCUGACACAGAAGCAUCUCGUGCAGCUAGAUUGGGUAUCCAAAGAAGACGGUUCUCACAUUUUGACGGUGGCCGUCGGGUCAAAAAUCAUGUUGUUCACACCGGUGUGCUCGGACCUGGCUCAAGCGAACAUGAAAGCAAUGAAAGAAUCGCAAAGCAAUAAUCGUCCGAUACUUCGUAAAGCUUCGUCGCUGGCUCAGCCGCAAUUCGUCGACGAGAUUCGUUGGAUGAAACUACGAAAAAUCGAGUUAACCACCGCUGACGGUUUGCCACCGUUGCCUAUGCAAAUAUCCUGGGUGAGAGACGGAAUUCUAGUGGUCGGUAUGGAUUCCGAGAUGCACGUUUACUCUCAAUGGAAACCGAACCCGAAGAAGGAUUGUUUCCAUUCGAAUCUGCAACACCAGGAGUCGGACGAGUUCCAAGCUAGUCGAAACUUACGGGACGAGGAUCUGCGUACACUCGCGCAUGAAACUUCGCAGAGGCGCCUGGCCAACGUAUCUUCCAUGCCUCAUCUAUCCCGAGUUAGUAGCAUCAAUUUAACUAUGCUCGAUGCUAAGAAAAAGCGUGGAAUGCAGAAUGAGAACUUGAACUUCGAUUAUAUGCCAGAUUACGGUCUGUUCGAGGCGUCGAGAAUCGCCUGUCCAGUUCUACCUCAGUAUCACCCGAAGCAGUUGAUGGAAUUAUUGAAUUCCGGGAAGAUUCGAUGGGUAAAAGCUAUAUUAGCGCAUCUAGUCCGAUGUAUAGGGAGUUCUUGUUCGUUGAGGGCCGACGACGAGAGUUUGAUGAAGCAACGAGGCGGCGCAUGGUCGCGUUCCAGGACGAUGUCGGUCAGCUACGUAGGCACUACCUCGCCCCUGGAGCCUAGAGGCUCGACCACGCAAAUACCGGAAGAGCUCACGUUAGAUUACGCAGAGAUAACGUCGAUAUCUCCCUUGCCGCUUUGGACCUUGUUGAUCGCGGACAAGGAAACGAACGUCCCGCUUCAGCACAAAACCGAGGACAAGCAAGAUUAUAAUGAACUGUUCGACAGCAAUUUAGACGAGGGUGAGUCGCUGGACGACAUGCUCGACGAGGAUUACGAUUGCACGCGACAGAAGGACAGGCGUUCGUCGGUACCGGAGAGGCAAGGGAUAUCUCAUUUCGGGCCGAGGCAAGGUAGACUCUUGUCGCGGUUACUCACGCACACGCAUUUACCGGGCUUGUCGAGCUUGGAUCAAAUGCAUUUGCUCGCCUUAGCUGACACUGUCUCUACGUGCAAUGUCGAUUUCGCGGAACGAUUCGCAAUAGACGCCGCAAAGAAUGCCAUAGCGAAGGAAAAUUUGACUGGCAUCCCAGACGGAGAGAAUAUCUCGAUGGAUUCGUUGGACGACUGCGGUCUAAGAUUCUUGUUAGCGAUGAAACACUACAAUUAUUUGAUACGUUGUCUUCCUUUGGCUCAGAGAGCACAAUUCCAGAAGCAGGGUAUAUCUUCGAACAAUCUUGUUUGGGCGUCACAUUCUGAAUCCGAGGAAGAGCUACUGAAUUUGAUUCCUUCUUAUGCGAAGGGACAACCGAAAUGGAACGUACUAAAGGAGCUUGGGAUCGGUUGGUGGAUCAGGAACAACGCUGUGUUGAAGAAAUGCAUUGAGAAGAUUGCUAAAGCAGCGUUCCAGUUGCAGCAGGAUCCUCUCGACGCGGCCCUCUACUAUUUGGCGAUGAAAAAGAAGAAUAUCGUAUGGGGCUUGUUCAGAAAUAAACGGGACGACAGAAUGACGGCUUUCUUCUCUAAUAAUUUUACAGAGGAUCGUUGGAGGAAAGCAGCAUUAAAGAAUGCGUUUGCCUUGCUUGGGAAGCAAAGAUUUGAACAUGCCGCAGCGUUCUUUUUGUUAGCCGGCGCUCUUAGAGACGCCAUUGAGGUAUGCUUGAAUAAAUUAAACGAUCUGCAAUUAGCGAUGGUCAUUGCUAGAUUGUACGAGGACGACACUACUUCGCCGAACUUGAGGAGAUUGCUUUAUGAGGAAAUUUUGGGCUGCGACAAAGAUGGCCUGAAUCAGGACAUGAACAAGGCCCAUCCAGAUCCAUUUUUGCGUAGUAUGGCACUCUGGAUUCUCAAGGAUCACUCGGGAUCGCUCAACACUUUACUUUUAACAAACGUUGGAACCUUACAUCCGCAGUACAACGAUGAAUCGGAUAAGCCUGAAGGUAGCACGGCGAAUCCGAACGUUUUCAACUUCUACGUUUACCUCCGUACGCAUCCUUUACUGAUCAGACAAUACAUCGCGUCUACCGCGCAAGAUAAGAAGAAAGGCCACUCGGUAGUCAUACCCGGAUUCAGUUAUGGCACCGAGACGAAAACCCAGCCUGACAAACAAUUGACUCUGGAAGACAGCAUUACACCUUUGGAAAGACAACUUUACUUCACUACGGCCCACGCACAUUUCAAAGCAGGGUGUCCGGCCCUCGCCCUCGAGGUUUUAUCGAAAUUACCGAAUAAAGUGAUGGAGACGAACUGCGAGGACUCGCCAAGCGUUUUGAACAGUCCGAGCAAGGCGAGACCGCAGGACUUCCAAAUAGACACAGGAAUUAUAAGUUGGGACGUUAGUACGAAAGUAAAUGAUACAGUGGAAACUAUGGAUUGGUCGGAGCCGGUUACAAAACAAACCGACGACGAGUUAGUAUUAAAUUGGGACGAUGACGCUGAGAACGAAGACGGCGACAGCUCACCGUUAACCAUGAAGCUAGAUAAAAAAGAAACCAGCACUGAUGUAAACGAUCCAGAAAAAGAUGAUUCAGGCGUUAAAUCGUCGGGACAGUUGGAUAUUAUGGCGCAGCAGUUGAAAUUCGUGGCCUGUUUAAAAAUUUUAAUGGAAGAAUUGUCGACGCUGGCGACUGGGUUUGAAGUAGAUGGAGGUCAGCUCCGAUAUCAGUUGUACGUGUGGUUGGAGAGGGAAGUGGACGCUCUUAAACAGCUCUGCAAUUAUAGCGUCAGUUCAGAUGGAGAUGUGAACAACGCUUCGGAAUACGAAGGUGGUAUGGUAGACGACGUGCCACCGUCUAAGCCUGGUGAACAACCGACGUUACAUGAAAUAUUAGUAGCCGAGAAAUUAGAUUUCGAAGCGAAAGUGCAACGAGCUGCCAAAAGGAAAAAAUGGCUGAAAGCAAACGAAACAUUAUUGCGGACGCUGCUGUCUUAUUGCUCCCUCCACGGAGCAUCUGGCGGUGGCUUAGCAUCCGUAAGAAUGGAGCUCGUCCUCCUACUGCAAGAAUUACAGCAAGAGAAAACGCAACAGCAGUUACUUAGUCCGCUUCCGUUCCCGACUACUCUUCCUCUUCUCAGUGCCAGCGUCGCGUGCAACAAAACCGUCGUCGCUGAUCCAGUCAGACACCUGCAAUCCCUAGCCCACGAUAUGCUGCAGACGUUAGUAGAAUAUCGUAAUCCACCGAUGCCUACGAGGAACACGCAUUACUGCGAAGUGUUCAUAAUGAGGGAUUUGGCAGUCGCCUUGAGCGCUUGCAUUUACCAAUCGCUCUGCGACUCCGACACUUUCGUCAUGAAACAUCAACAGCCGGACAGUUUCCCAGCAUUUGCAGAGAUCGAGACGUUCUCGGGAGGGCACUUGGUAGCGUCGAAUCGACAUCAUCGGAGGUACUCGACGGACGACGGUGUUUGUAUUACCACUUCUCCGUCCAAGUGGCCAGGCGUGACCAACUUGCGCGCGCUGUUGGCCCGUGAGAAGGACGAAGAUACGCCGAAAUUGAAUAUUCUUCUCUGCGAAUCAUUCGUAGCGACUUACAUGAGUUUGGUUGUUUACGCGUUGUGGAGCUGCGACAGUCACAUUCUUUAUAGACUUGUGGGUCAGCAUUUUGACAAUAGCACCUGGUCUUGUCUGUUUGGAGGCGGAGUAAAGAAAUUGCUACGCGUUGCGAGCACGAGUAGUCAGGGUGGAGGGAGCGGUUCGAUAGACAAAGGAACUACUAAUGGUGGCUCGACCGAAACGCAAAGCGCCGCGGGAGCCAUGUGGAACACUAUGACCUCGUUGACCAAGCAGCGUGUAAAACUGAACAUGAAACUGUUGGGUCAGUUCACGUGUCAGCAGCCAAACAUGAAGGAAGACAAACCGACGUAUAGGGAACAAUUCGUUUCACCUCAAAUGAGCAUGAUAUCCUACUUCUUAAUGAAGCCGCAAAUAGAUCGCGAGUACGCGGAUGAAAUCGAUUACGAUUCUUCCGAUUCCGCGGUGUCGGAUCUGGACUCCUCUGAGGAAGAGGAAGACGUGUUCGACACCAAUUCGAAACCAAAGAAUAAACCAAAGGACAAUACAGAACACUCGAAUCCAAACUCGUAUAGUUGGUGUGUUAUGCGAUUAGCUAUAGUGAAAAUACUGCAAAAACAGCUUCAGGACUUCUUGAAUGUCGCCGGCAUAGAGAUGCAAGAGUUGCCCGUGAAUAGUCCGUUGAUUCAUGGGACAUUAGCCGUGGUGGCACAAUGGCAAGAAACGUUACGCGAGGAAGUGGACGGUAGAGGACCACCGCCGAUCAAUUACAUCCCUGGUUGCGCACCAGAUCCAGCUCCCACGCCGGGGAAACCGGCGAUUCAUAAAUACCGGUCGCUACUCGAAAAGAGCAAUACCCCGUUCAAUACGCGUUUAGCAUCGGCGGCGCCUGCAAAUCGGUUGUGGUGCUACUUGGUGCGUCAAGAAUCCGUGCAGGAGAUAUUUAUCCGAGCCGUCUUCGGGAAACGUAGAUCGCUGUCAUCGAUUCUCGAGAGCAACCAAGCCGCGAUUGACAAUUUGAAUCGUGGAACAACCGCGGACGACAAAGGUAGCGAUAGCGGAACCACCAGCUUGCCUGAGCCCGUUCGAAUUAUUCACAAGGAACAAGAUAGUAUCAGUGCCUUCUGUCUUAAUCAGGUGAACCCAGGGUUAAUGGCUCUGGCCACUCCGCGAGAAGUGCAAGAGAUGAAUAUAUCGCUAUUACUAGAACUUCCGUCCUGGUUGGAAGACGAGUGCGAAUUCGAUAUUAUUAAUUUGAACAAACAGCCAGAACCCGAACCGGUGCAACCAACUAGUUUCUUAGUCAUCCAGACUGCAGCAGAUCGACCGUUGCUUGCCCAAAGCCCGCAGACGAACAGCCCACAGACUCAAUCGGGUAUCGCCAGUCAAAGUGGAAGAGGAGCUAGCGUGAUGAAGGGGAUGCCCGCUUUUCCUGGCUCCCACGACCUGCGUUUCUGUCAAUUUGUUGCCGAUAGGAGCAAACACUUGUUGCAACCGAUUCUGAAGCAUAAAAUCGACGGCGUCAGGAGAAUCUCUUCGCAUCCUCUUCUGCCAUUAUAUUUGACGGGCUCUCAGGAUGGCUCCGUGUCUCUUUGGGAAUGGGGGCAUCAGACCGCUGUUGCGACUCCUAGACCAUCGGGCACCUUUGCCAAAGUGACCCGAGUUCGAUUCUCGCAUCACGGUAACAAGUUCGGUGUCGCAGAUUCCGAUGGGCAUCUCAGUCUGUUCCAAGUGGCCUGCAGAGAAGGAACGGCGCGACCAUUCUUUAAUUAUCAGUGCCAUAGUAAGGUGACGGCCGAUUUUGUCUUCCUUGGUGCCUGCAGCUUGAUUGCCACUGCCGGUCAUGGUUCCGAAGGACGUAACGUAGCGCUUUGGGAUACUCUACUUCCGCAAAAUAAAUCUCUCAUUCAAGGCUUUAUGUGUCACGAGCAAGGAGCUAGCUCGUUAAUACUUGCACCUCAACAUCAGCUUUUGAUCAGCGGUGGAAAGAAAGGCGACAUCAAUAUAUUUGAUGUACGGCAACGACAACAGAGGCAUCGUUUCCAGGCUCAUGAAUCGGCUAUCAAGUGCUUGGCUCUCGACCCGCACGAAGAAUUCUUUGUCAGUGGAGCUGGUGACGGUGAUAUUAAGGUAUGGGGACUAACUGCCCAUUCUCUGCUUUAUUCUUUCCCCGGGGAGCAUCCACGAUCUAGUUUCUUUAAAAACAUCGGACAGGGCGUAACGCAAUUGCACGUCGAUCCUGCUGGCCGUUUAUUUUCAUGCGGCGCGGACGGUUCGAUGAAAGUGCGUCAGCUGCCGGAACGAGAUUGCGUCGUGCACACUUUAUACUAAACUAGUUGAAGAGCAUCAAGAUGUUCCGUUAGGUAAAUAAAAAUAAGUUCGUUCGCUUAUAAAACGAAUGCAAACUACCGCUAAAAUCAUAAACGCUGAGAUAUGAGAAUCGCGUGCAUACGUUCCUUAUUAAACUCUUUCUUACGCAAGACCGCAUAAGGAACUUAUCGUAGAUAAAAAUUCGACGUUCAAGUUAUCGAGCACGCCUGUUUUUGUUUUUGCCUUAAGAAACUGACCACACACGGCGAUAAUGAAAAAUAUACGAGAAAAUAAUUAUAAUCAUCGAUGUAUUUAAAGUAUUAAAAAAAAGAAGAGUCAUUCAGCUGAUAGUAUGUUUAAAAUUGAAACUUAUUUUCUGUUUUUCUUCUGUUUAGAAACGCAGGCUUAAAUUGCAGAUUGUUGAAAGUUUCCUUGAUUUACCGCGGCGAUUGUUGUUCCUUUGUAGAGAAUUAAAGUUAGACAAACGAGCCAAAACUACAAUCGAGCUGUUAAUUAUAUAUGAGUAUUAAACAUACAUGUAUUAUGUUGUUUUUGCAUUUGCAAAUCUAGUAUUGUACAAUUAACUUUUCGUCGUACGGAGAAGACGUAGCCCUAUUUAUUUACAUCGUGGCGGAAU